GUGCACGAAAUGUCUCAAUAUUGCUGAACCAGGAAUAUUUUGUCCCCCGAAAAUUACCCGCUAUAAUUAUGUAGACAAAAAGCUACGAUUAUUAGAGAACGCAGAAUCAGACAUAGUAUAGAUCAGACAUCUCUGAUAGACCUUUCACAAUGUCUGCCUCCAAAGGAAGACGAAGACAGAAAUCUGAAGAGCAGUUGUCCAUAUCCAAAGUAUCACAGCCAACAGAUGCAGACCGAGACAAUCGUUCACCCAGUACCUCCCUUCGCUCGAAUAUCAAAAAAAUUGCCAGCUGGGCAUGGCAUUCGAUUUCGUUUGACUCGCUUCCCGAUUGGCUAAAAGACAACGAAUUCCUUCUGCACAACCAUCGUCCCCCAAUGUACUCAUUUCGUGGAUGUGUCAAAAGUAUUUUUCGACUCCACACAGAGACGUUAAACAUUUGGACUCAUCUCCUUGGUGCCCUAUUCUUUGUCAUCUUGGUCGCUGAUGUGUACAUCUUUGGUGAUUACAUAACGUUUCUUUUCGAGGAUAUCCAGAUUCACGAUUUACCGUGGCAAGAGCAAGCCACUCUCUUAUGCUUUUUUGGUGGUGCUGUAUUGUGCUUGGCCUGCUCCGCAAUAUAUCACACGUUUUCGAACCACUCGAAGGGAGUACACGGUGUUCUGCACCGGCUCGACUACACUGGUAUAUCGUUCCUUAUCACCGGCUCCUCGGUACCUGCCUACUACUAUGGGUUCUACUGCACCACCUAUGCCAAGUAUGCCUACAUAGUCAUCUCUCUGUGCCUCUGCACCCUGUGCGUGUGUGUCAGCAUGUGGAAUAAGUUUGCGACUCCAAAAUUUCGAAGACUUCGAUUUGCCGUCUUUGUUAUGUUUGGACUGUACGCUGCAAUUCCUUUUGUGCACAUUUUCCUCAGGGAUGGCUACAUAGUGUCGACUACUGCCUAUUCGUUGUGGGGUUUUGUUUUGAUGGGGACUGUGUACAUAUUUGGAGCUUCUCUGUACGUCAUGAGGAUUCCAGAGCGAUUUUUCCCAGGAAUAUUCGAUGUCUGGGGAAGCAGCCAUCAACUAUUUCAUGUGUGUGUCGUCAUGGCUGCAUUGGUGCACUAUAAUGCACUGUUGAACAUGAUCACAUACCGUCUGAACGUCGGUAGUUGUAUUGAGACCCUUGAUUUAAUUUGAUAUGCUUGCUAUAUAUAUAGUAUUGUGUGAUCACUUAUAAUUAUUUUCCGUGCACAUAAGUUGUGAUCAAAUAGUCAAAAUAAUAAUUGAAUCGCGUA